AUGCUCGUUUAUGUGAAUGGGUUUCUAAACUGCGGAGCACCUCGAGUUCCAUUAGUUUGUGGAAAAAGAGAAUCGCUCUUCACUAAAACAACGUGGGGAUUUUACAGAUUACCUUCUGGCUCUGGGGAUCGUGUUUAUUUCAACAAUAAUCUUAGGUACUCGAGCAAAUCAAUAGAAGUUGUAGAGAAAGGUACCAUUGACAUGGGUGCCAAGGAAGACAAGGUAGAUAAUCCAGCUUUAUCUUCAUAUGAUGAUGCAAUGGAAGCGCUGUCGACUCUUAUUUCUCGUAGAAACCGUGGCGACCGUUCGCCUACCAGAGCAAAUCGCGACAAGCUUGAACAAGUCGCCACAUAUCUCAAGAUUUUGGACCUGGAGGACAAAUUAAAAGAACUAAAAGUUAUUCAUGUCGCGGGAACGAAAGGAAAGGGUUCAACAUGUGUCUUCUCUGAGGCAAUUUUACGUAACUGUGGGUUUCGAACUGGAAUGUUUACAUCUCCUCACCUGAUUGAUGUGAGGGAAAGAUUCCGAAUAGAUGGCUUGGAUAUAUCUGAGGAAAAGUUUCUACAGUAUUUCUGGGAAUGUUGGAAGUUACUGAAGGAGAAAGCUGUAGAUGGUCUUACCAUGCCUCCUCUUUUUCAAUUCCUCACAGUAUUGGCAUUUAAGAUUUUUGUAUGUGAAAAGGUUGAUGUUGCUGUCAUCGAAGUUGGACUUGGGGGAAAACUUGACUCAACAAACGUGAUUCAAGAACCUGUUGUCUGCGGCGUCGCUUCUCUUGGGAUGGAUCAUAUGGAUAUAUUGGGAAAUACAUUAGCUGACAUUGCUUUCCAUAAGGCUGGGAUUUUCAAGCCUCAAAUCCCCGCCUUCACAGUACCACAACUCUCUGAAGCAAUGGAGGUUCUUCAGGAAACAGCUAAUAAUCUAAAGGUUCCUCUUGAAGUAGUAGCACCUCUUGACCUUAAAAAGUUGGAUGGAGUUGCACUUGGCUUGUCUGGGGAUCAUCAGCUUGUAAACGCAGGUCUUGCUGUUUCUCUUUCUAGAUGCUGGCUUCAAAGAACUGGGAACUGGGAGAAGUUAUUUCCAAAUGGAAGCAAGGAAACUGAGAUUCCCGCAGCGUUUUCUCGUGGUCUUGCAACGGCACGUCUUCAUGGGAGAGCUCAAGUUGUUCAUGAUGUAGUUUCAGAUCCGCAAGAUUCUUCAGGCUCGAUGAAGACUCCAUGCGGUGAUCUGAUCUUUUACUUGGAUGGAGCUCACAGUCCAGAGAGCAUGGACGCUUGUGGCCGAUGGUUCUCUACCGCUGUCAGAGGAAACAAAAGCUUAUCUACUGCUGUCAAUGGUUACAGGAGACAUGGGGAGUUUGGCAGAGACUUUAACGGAGUCUCCAAACAGAUUCUUCUGUUCAACUGCAUGGAAGUGAGAGACCCUCAAGUUUUACUUCCAAAGCUCGUGACCACUUGCGCUUCCUCAGGUACUCAUUUUUCAAGAGCGCUUUUCGUCCCGAGCAUGUCAACUUACAACAAGGUAAUUUCGGGCGCAUCAGCUAUUCCAUCAGAUACACGUAGAAAGGAUUUAACUUGGCAAUUCAGACUGCAGAAACUCUGGGAGAGAUCAAUCCAAGGAACAGAUACUACUCUUGACCAUACACAGAAGCUCGAUGGAGUAACCACCUUACCACCUCAUGAUUUCCUGUGUGGAGAUGCACCUCAUUGUGGUGGACCUGCAGGGACACAUGUCAUUUCUAGCGCCGUAAUGCCUUCACUUCCACUGACUAUAAACUGGCUACGAGACUGCGUACGCCGAAACCCUUCACUGAAACUAGAGGUUCUGGUCACAGGAUCGCUACAUCUUGUUGGAGAUGUGCUCAGAUUGCUAAAGAGAUGA